CAAAUUUUUUUCAAAAGUGACUUCGACUAUUGUUGUACAGCAUCGGUUCUCUGCUUUACUCUCUUCGUCUCACCUUAGCGUUUCCGUUUUUUCUCUCUCUCUUUCUCUCUCUCUCUUCUUUCUAUCACCCAUGUCGGUCGUAUUACGCUCAGCUUCUGGUCCCUUGAACGAUAUCACUUUGAAAAAGCAACUGAGCGUAGAUCGUUCAUCUUGUAUUAAAUCAAAAACAUCGAACCCUAGUGUGCCUGCUGCCGCUCGUUCAAAGACUUCAAGUUUACCACUGGCACUUUCAACACAGGAAACUAGCCCGCUAGCUGAAUCCAAGCCUUGCUCGAAACGAAAGCCUUUGAAGGACAUUACUCUCAAAGUAUGUCAUAAGCUGCCACUAAGCGUCGCUUCAUGCCACACCAGCCCUGCUGAACCAGAUGUCGACUUCACUAUUUAUGUGGAUGUCCCGCCCACGCAACAGCAGCCGCAACCUAAAACAGACAAGUCCACCCAGGUACAAAUCGUCCAAGUGGUUACACCCAAAUCGGAUAAAACAGUUGAUGAAGGUACCCUUGGCAAAGAAAAUAUCGCUCCGACUACCAUAUCCGUUGCGCAAAAGAAGAAUGACAACCUGCUUAUGACCGUCGACAAGUCACUAAAGACCACCAAGAAACAGCCAACAAAGAAGCAACCGUCGUCUCAAUCAAAUAAAAGUUCAUCCGAUGCUACAGCACUCAAGCGUAAACGCAGGACAACCUUGACUAUGGAAGUUUCCACAUCGACAAAGCGAGCCUCUCUUCGAAUGAUGCGAUAAUUAUCAUGUCUCUCGACACCUCAACCAUCUUGCACUAUUAUUUAACUGACCGGAAACGAAAGAGCACUCUACCAAAAAAAAAACCACCCCCAACCUUUGCAUGCUUAUUUGGCGCGCUACCCUGUACAAUUUU